AUGUUUAAACAUGUGAUCAAAACCCGAUCAGCGAAACAAAAAUAUUGCGGCAAAAAUAUAGUCAAUAUAUUGAGUAUGUUAUGUGACGGCAAUUAUUUUAGUCCAUCAAAACGUAAUCAACUUAAUAAUCAUGACUCAAAUCAUAAGACUCUGAUUGAAAAUCUCAAUAAUGGUAUCUCAUCGAUUUGGGACGACAUGAAUACCACUGAUAAUGAUGAAGACUAUAAGUCGGACACUGCGGAUGACGUUAUUUUAGAUAAUAGGUAUUUCCUGUCGAAAAAAUCGGCACUCGAUAUGUUUGGAUCUAAUGGCGGGACUAUUGAUAACGGAUUUAACCGAAACCGACGGGGAAUUGUUGACGAGUGCUGUCGUAAGGCGUGCUCUAUAAUGGAGUUAAUUAGUUAUUGUGAAUAA